AUGGCCCUCCUGCACCUUGACGCCUUUCGCACUCCCUCGCCACCAAAAAUGACUCGAUGCGUCGGAGGCGUUCCGAUAAGCACAGUUGCUGAUCUGCAGCUUCAGCUGAGGUUCCAUUCACUGAUGGGAAACUACCUUAUCCCGGUGCCGACGAAGCCCGUGAUCUGCCAGUUUCUGGACAAGGACCCUACUCGGCUGAAUAUCAAGUAUUCAGACCAGCCUUCGCUACGGACGGAACACAAGCUUGCGGGACUCGCCCACGCCAUGCUUCUCCGCGGCUUUGUCAUCCAGGAGCUCAAGGCGAUGUCAAACGAUGUUCGGUACAAAAGCCUACGACAGGGCCCCGGGGUGAGCUGGUGGCGCAAGAGCCAGAGCACGACCGACCUUCUGAAGCGGGAUAUACUGGAUCUCGAGGACGAGUAUCGUGCCCAGUGGCGAACGCUCGAUGACACCGAAUGCUGGGAUCGGUGGAGGAACGGGUUGAUUACGGCGUGGGAGGUGUAUGCUGCUUUCAAGUGUGAGACGGAAACGGUGCUGUCGAAGAACCCUCUUCCGGGGCAUGGGGAGGGUGAAGAGGGGGGCCAGGUGCAGGAGCCCUCUUUCGGCAGCUCCCCAGAUUGCGAGGAGCACAUUCCAUUCCUAACCACGGAAAAGCCAACGGCCACAGUAAGCAGGAGCCAGCUUCGAGCCGAGAGGCGCGGAGGGAGCGGCGGUCCCGCAAGCGACGUUCAGCAGGCAGAGGGAAUCGACCGAGGACAACGACAAAGGACUGUUGAUGCUAGGUUGGGGGAUGGCCAGCAACCAGGCGAACAAGGAGGAGCUGGAGGCAUCGGAUCGCGGAAUCGACAGGAGAGCAGAUGCAACCCUGACCCGGAUGCCGCUCGUAUCCAAGCCAAUGGCAACGAAUCACCCAUGUGCCAAAGUGAGCACCACGCGACGCGGGAGCACGCUGCAAGGCCUGAUUCAAUAUGGCGCAGAUAUUUUGUCUGUUCGCGGAAGAGAAGCGUGUGGAGGGGCGGAGAGAUCAGCUUUGGGGUGAGGUUCUACAAGGACAGCGUUUGA